ACCGCAUUUUCAUAUGAUUCUUUUUAUUUUAUUUUUCUUCUUAUCUUUACUAUGAUCAAGAUUCCUAUUCUAGACCGUUUAACAAUGAGAGACUAUCAAGGGUAAUAAUAAAAACACCUAGUUGAACCAUAUCACUCACUUAGAAUAAGUCUCUUUUUUACUAUCCUGUUCUUUUUGUAGAGAGUAUUAUUCGCCUGAUUGUCACUGUGAUGCCUCGGUUUAUUAUUCACAGUAUUGAUGCGACCAUUAAAACUGUAUUUCCAUGGUUGCAAAAUACAGAGCAUAAACCUCACGUCAGUCCUUUAGAAAAGGCACAAACCUUUGAGAAUAUGGUGAAACACUGGAAGAACUAUGACUGUGAACAGCAUAUUGUGCGUACAUUGGAUGAUUAUCUGCUAUGUGUUCAUCGUAUUCCCUCUGUUAAGGCCUAUGCUGCUAAACAAGAGAGGGACACCAUGAUCUACACAACAAAUGAAAUUCGAGUCCAAGAGAACCUAAACCAAUUUAAGCCUAAGCAACCCAACUAUACUGGGAAACCUGUUGUGUUACUUCAUCAUGGCUUCUUGAUGUCUUCUGAAGUAUGGGUGUCCAAUACAGAGGAAUACAGUAACCUACCGUUUAUUUUGGCUAGAGAAGGUUAUGAUGUAUGGUUAGGUAACUCAAGAGGCAACAAAUACUCUCAAUACCAUGUUCAUUUGAACCCAAAUCAUCAACCAUUUUGGAACUUCUCUAUCAAUGAAUUUGCUAUGCGUGAUUUACCUGAUACAGUAGACUAUAUCUUGGCUCAAACAGGUGCACCCAACUUGACUUAUAUUGGGUUCUCUCAAGGCACUGCUCAAGCAUUUGCUGGUCUGUCUAUCAAUGCAGACUUGAACAAGAAGGUCAAUCUGUUUAUUGCUCUAGCACCUGCCACCACACCCAAGGGACUCAGGCACCCUUUGAUUGAUGCAUUUGUGAAAGCAACACCCACUGUGAUUUAUCUGAUGUUUGGCAGAAAAACACCUCUCAAAGUAGCUUUGUUUUGGCAGCGUAUCAUUAGCCCACCUUUGUUUGUCAAAGUGAUUGAUGCCUGUGUCUCUUUCUUGUUUGGAUGGACAGGUAGAAAUAUGACAUCAAGUCAAAAAACAGUGAGUUAUCAACACUUGUAUUCUCUUACAAGUGUCAAAUCGCUUGUGCAUUGGUUCCAAAUCAUUCGUACAGGUCAAUUUCAAAUGUACGACGAAAUGCCUAGUCGGUUGCCUUAUCAUACUGUCAAUACAGUAGCAGAUCAUGUUCCUCCUAGGUUCCCUACACUUCAGAUCAAGACACCCAUUGCUAUCUUUUACGGUCAAUCGGAUUCAUUAGUGGAUUUUGAUGUCUUGUCGGCUGAUUUGCCGUCCCCUUUGGCUUAUGUUAAAGCAGUACAGAAAUGGGAGCAUUUAGACUUUUUAUGGGCUGAGGGGAUUGAGAAGAUUGUGUAUCCUGAUAUACUGAAGCUUUUAUCGCAUUUUAACCCGGGUGUUAAGCCUUCAUUGAACGAUAAACAAGGACUCAAGCAUAAUGAUAUGGAAGAAGAUGCCUCAAAUUAAAUAAAUUUCUAUUUGUAAGCAACUCCGCUUGCUUUUUUGUCCUUGGCGCA